AACUUCGCAAAGUUUCUCGCUCCCUAUCUGGGCCGUUUGAACGAGUUUACCAUGAAUGUCAGUAUAUAGGUGCACUAACAUUUAAUUGGCGGCUGGUUUGACCACAGAGAUCCGAGUGUCUGCUGACUUUACCGCAGUCGACGACGGCAGGUACAUGCAGGCACGGGCAACACCGGAACCAUCAUCGUGUAUCUUGUUUCCGCCCGGAGACAUGAGAAGCAGGCACUGCAAGCGUGUUGUGUACAUUAGAAAUAUCCACGCUUGAGUAUCUGACAGUAAUCAUUUCAAAAUGUGUAUGAAAGAAAUCCAUCAGUCAAUGUAACCGGAAAAUAUAUCAUCUUCAACUGCAACGGACAUUUUAACGUGAACAACUAGAACCUCUUCCGACCUCGCCUACCAGCCGCCAUGGGGCUCAAGCGACAGAAACAAGCCAAGAAAACCAUAAGUUUCUACAAAUACAACUUCAGCUUCAGGGAACCCUUUCAGAUCCUCUUCGAUGGGACUUUUUGUCAGGCGGCUUUGACGAACAAGAUUCAGAUCAAAGAGCAAAUGCCCAAAUACCUGAUGGGAGAGGUGCAAUUGUGCACCACAAGCUGUGCACUGAAAGAACUGGAGACUCUGGGGAAAGAUCUGUACGGAGCCAAACUCAUCCUGCAGAGGUUCCAGACGAGGAGGUGUCCACAUUUCAAGGAGCCUGUCCCGGCUUCAGAUUGUCUGCUGUCCAUGCUGGAGGAGACGAACCCUCACAACUACUUCGUUGCUACACAGGACCGCUCACUGACUGAAGGCCUGAAGAAGAUCCCGGGCGUUCCCCUGCUCUAUAUCAUCCUCAACACCAUCGUGCUGGACAAGCCCUGCCAGACGUCCCUCGACCACGUCCGGGCCGUCCAGCUGGGGGAGCUGGUCAGCCCGGCCCAGCAGCAGAGCAUCCGCAGCCUGAAGGAGGUUCAGGGCAUUGACCAGAAGGACGGAGAGCGGCGGGGGAAGAAGAGGAAGAGGAAACGGAGCAAUCCUAACCCUCUGAGCUGCCUGAAGAAGAAAAAGAAAGGCGGGCCGACGCCGCCAAAGAAGAAGACUGAGGACGGGGAGAAGAGGAAAAGAGUUAGAAACAAGAAACCAAGGACGGAGGGAGGAGACGUGUCUGCUCCUGCAGUAACACAUGCAUAGCAGGAAGACGGAGACUAUUCGUUUCUUCCAUAAAUGUUAUUUUAAGAUGUCCACGCUCCCAAUAUGAAAUAGUUCCACUCUGGUCUGUUUUUCUGAUGUCCCUGCAUAGAAUAAACCAAUGUUUGACACACACACAAUGCAAUUUUAAAAUAAUGCUCAUAGUAUUUGUUUUAUUUUGAAAAAAUGUCGCAACAGUUUCCAAGACUCAGGACUUACAGGCAUAGGACUGAAACUGCUCCGCAACAUAGCAAUAUUUUUGUGAUCGGAAGAUUUGUCUUGGCUUUUAUACAAAAUAAAAAGACAGGUUUACAGGCACAUAGUUUAGAAUAUAAGAAGCACUCAGACAUUACAUGAUGUACAGUUUGUAUGGAAGUGGAUAUCAAAAACAACGCAUUCAGCUGUCUUUGCAGAAGCACAAGGAGAGUGGUCACAACGACUUGGUGGUCUGCUUGUUUUUACUGCGCGCUGUGUGGUUUUUGAUGUCGGCUAAAUUCAACCUGUAUUUUCUCGUACGAUGAGUUUAGAGUCCAAACGACAACGUUCAUAACAUAUGUCCAUUCAGACUUCACUUGAUAGCGUCAUUCUUUAGAUUAAAAAUCUAUUUUCCUUUUAAAUAAUUUAAUUCUCUUAAUAUAUAUAUAUAUAUAUAUAUAUAUUACAUCAAUAAAUGAAUAUUGAACAAGUGUCUACUUGAUUUACACUGGCAGAAGUUCUACAUUACUGCAUGUCACCCAGUUGUAACUAAAUGGUUAUAUACAUAUACAUAUAUAUAUAUAUAUAUAUAUAAAAGGGACACUGAAUAAAUAAAAAAUCUGUCAUGAACUUCAAGUCUUUUAAGAAUAAAAGAGCAACACGGUAAUAAACAUGUUUGUAGCAAUUCUACUCCAAACAUAUUUCAGAACAGGGCAUGCAACUAAGGCAGACCACUGAUGUUUACAUCUAUAGGUAGAAAAUGAAGCUCUUUUUCUUUUUUUUUUUUAAGUCUGGACACAACUACAAUUGUGUGCAAACAGUCGACGACGCAAGCAACGCAUUUACAAAAAACGACAACUUGGAGUUUGUAAUGCUUAAAGUGCUCCGCUACAGUUGCUGGUUGAGUCUGCAAAUCGCUACCGCAGUAACUGUUUAAAUGUACUCUGGCAGACUGGAUAUAGUGCAUGCUCCAUUCAGCUAAUGUCAGUGUAUAUGAGAACUUUUUUUUUCCUGCAGUGGUGGGACCGAUGAGACUCCAGGUAGCAUGGUUGAUUGAGUUAUUACUCGCACUGUGAACAUACUGUUCCUUUAAAUAUGCCGGUGCAACGCAGAGGCUUCUAGUCUACGUCUACUUGAAAAACAAGGAAUGCUGCUCAGUGCGCAGUUUUUUUUUACUUACUACAAACUUAGCUAUAAAGUGAGUCUUGAUAAUAAAACAUACAAUAAAUAAUGACUAAAAAUAGGAAAAGUGCCGAUUGUUUGGAGUUUCAAUCCUCACUGUGAUAUUUUUCAAGGAAGAAACCUCUUUAUAAUUCAUCCAUGUUAUUCAAACCUCUAUCCUCCCACCACUGAUUGAUAUUAAAAUAUUGUCAGACAGAAGAUUAAACAUUAUACACAAAACAAAGUCAACAAACUUAAAUAAGUAAACAAAACCAGUUUGUCGACAGUGUUGUGUGCAGAAUAUACACUGAGGAGUUUUUUUUUCUUUUCCCCCUUUUGUAACUUUAAAGUUGUGUUUUUCUAGAUGAUGUGGAAGCGAGGUCCGGGCGUAGCUAUGAUGUCGCUGUAAGGCUCCUCCUGGACGAGCUCCACCGCCUGCUGCUUCUUCAGAACCAGGAAACUGUAGAACUUAGCGGCGGCCUGUUUCUUGUUGUUGUUCCUGCACAGAUCCAGCAGGCCCACCGACUGGGCACCCGUUUUGGCCAUCACCCUCUGUGGAAAGAGGAGACGGAGGGAGUCAGGAAAGGAAGGCUUCAUUCAAAAAAUGUUUUGAAGUUAUUCAAGUAGCACUUUGUACAUCUAUGUAUGAUGGUGAAAAAUUAUUUUGGAUGUGACCAUUCCAACAAGUAGUUAAAAACAUCAACUCUAAGUUGUAGCAACAAGACGUCAUCAUAUUCUUCCAAUACGUUGUGUUCAAAUACACACCUGGAGGCCAUGGAGCAUCUGCUGGGUUCUUUUGUUCCACCUCCUCUCCUCCUGGUCCUGGUCUCCUCCCCGCGCCUCCUCCUCCUGGCACAGAAAAACACAGUUACAAACACUAAUAAUACCUAUUGUAUAGUCAGUGUUCUGUUUCCUUACUUAUGAACUGAAAGGGGUGUGAAAAAAACUAUAAAACAACAUCAAAUAAAAUCACACAUCAUCAAGUUUGCUGUGCAAGUUUUUUGUAAAUCUCUAUCUCGCCUCGUCAUCAGAGUCGUCG